AUGGAUUACAGCCCAGAUGAUCCAGUGGCUGGUUUCCAAGAAAGAGAUAUUGAGAAGUGCAAAGAAGUGGAAAAGCAGUUCAUGGCUGCCAUAGGCUAUGCGGAUAGCAAAGAAGUGAUUCUGAGAAUGACAGCUACGCGUGUGAUCCUUGAAAACUCUCGAUGUGAGAAUUUUGAUGCGUAUAUGCCAUAUCUUGCUAUGAACUACUUUGAUUCCUUCAUUUCAAGGAACCCUCUUCCGAAAAUGCUAAGGCGUGUGGGAGAUGACAUUGCCAUUGCUGCCAACUGUUGCUUAAUGCUUGCUUAUAAGACGAAACCUGACACCUUCAAUGUCCAUGCCUUUCUGGCAAAAACGAAAAUGAUAGAGCAUGAGAGACAUGUACUGGCAGUGGAACUUGUAAUUCUGAAAGCACUCAAAUGGAACUUGGAAGCUGUAACAGCCAUAUCCUUCAUUGAUAUGGUGAUUCCGAGGAUUCCUGAAGCAGAAAACAUCCAACGCAGAGUUGUAAACGAGAUCAUAAUCCAAGCACAAGCGGAUAUAACUUUUACAAAGUUCAGGCCUUCAGUGAUUGCUGCAGCAGCUAUUAUCACAGCAUGUAGACUUACACUUCGCGAAAUGCAGCCCAUUUGCUAUAAAUGGAUUGUAGAUGCCAAAUUUGUUAACGAGGUUGAUUUAGAGGCUUACUUCGUAAAGACUGGUCAAAUGUGCAUAGAUAAGAAAAUCAUUAAGGAAACAGACGGGCAGAAGCCAAAGAGUCAUCGGGUUCGAGCGGCCUCACGCAGACGCAGUUCAGAUGCAAAUACAGAGAGAAAAUUUGAUAGGCCUGUAAAGGAAGAGAUGUCUAUGGCGAGGACAAAGAAGAAGGUGUUAGCAGUACCAGAAAACAACAUAGAUGAUUCAGAGUCAGAUGAUGAAAUGAACUUUGAACUGAAGUGA